AUGACCAGAGCAACUCCUUUGUCAUCAUCAUCAUUUUCAAGCAUUAGUCCUAUCACAACAUCUGAUACUUCGGACUCAGACAAAAGUAAUAGCUCAGAUAACGGUGGUGGUGUACCGACACCUGCAAUAAUAGCAGUAGCUGUAAUAGUAACAUUUAUAAUAAGUGCGGUUAUAGUAUUUUUUGUACGUAGAAAAUUAAAAAUUCUCAAAUCAUCUAGAGGAAGUUCUGCAAAUUUUUUUGAUGAUUUGGAUGGCAGAAGAAGACUAAGUGUCAGAAAUUCUAUAUACAAGCGAAGAACAUCGCUCUUAGCCCCAACAUCAAGAAUACUUAAUAAUAAUCAUCGUAAUAGUAGUUUUUCUCCAACUAGAUUAAUAACAGAAGAUUAUAGUGCUGAUGGCCGUAGUAAUGACAAUAAUAAUGAAGCGGUAACAUCUUCACGGUUAACCAGAAAUCCAUCGUCACAUAAUCGUCAUUAUCAACAACAACAACCACAAAAUUUUUAUAACAUUCCAUCGCCUACAACGUCACCACCACCACCAUCACAUUUACCAUAUCAUCCACAACAACAAUAUUAUCCACAACGAUCACAACACCCGAUACCUCCUCCUAUGUUAACUACGCCAAAUACAUUCACCAACGACAAUUAUCCUUUCGUACGACCAACUCAAUUUAAUUAUGCGCCUAGGAGUCAAAUGGGUUUGUAUUCGCCUAAUGGUAGAUUGAAUGGUGCUCAAAAUAAACAGUACAACAGACCCAUGGAUCAUACAAAUCUUUAUAGCAAUUAUAAUAUCAAUAAUGUGCAGAAAGUUAAUAAUGCGAUGACGGGUCAAGAUAAUUCUGGUAAUGGAAAUGUCGAAUCCAAUGUUGCUGAAAGCAGUGGAGAUGACAAUAGUAAUGCAGAUAAUAAUAAUGCAAAAUCAUUGGUAAGAAAUAAUUCAAAAAAAGCUGAUGGAACAGCAGAAAAACCAAUAACAUCAAAUUUAAAUUUAUCAACAUCAUGA